AGUAGUAAUAGUACUAAUAAUCAUAGUCUAUAAGAGAACAAGACAAGCAGAGCCGAGAUGCUCCGUCCGUAACCCGCAGGCGGGGACAGGUUGUGAACUCGCCAAACACCUGAGCAAUAAAACACGACCGAACAAUUUCGAGGCGGGAGGGGAAGGGAGGGGGGAAGAAAACUUUGCCGCAGCUCGGGCGUCUCGGGGGGGCGGGAGCGAUGCCGCCCUGGCUACUCGGCAGCCUCUGCUGCGUGCUGGCGGCGCGGACGGCGCUGGGAGGCGGCUCCGCGGGAGCGGAGGAGGAGGAGGAGGAGAAGCUGAUCCGGGUGCUGGUGCUGCUGCCGCAGGACGACUCCUACCUCUUCUCGCUGGGGCGGGUGCGUCCCGCCAUCGAGUACGCGGUGCGGAGCCUGCGGGAGAGCGGCGCCGGGCUCCCUCCCGGCUACGCGUUCCAGCUCACCUACGAGGACUCGGCGUGCGGCAACCGCGCCCUGUUCAGCCUGGUGGACAUGGUGGCCCUGCAGCACCGCCGCCCCGACCUGUUGCUGGGGCCCGUCUGCGAGUACGCGGCGGCGCCCGUAGCGCGGCUGGCGGCGCACUGGGACGUGCCCAUGCUGUCGGCGGGAGCGCUGGCCGCGGGCUUCGGCGCCAAGGGCGGCGAGUACUCGCACCUCACCCGCGUCGCCCCUGCCUAUGCCAAGAUGGGCGAGAUGCUGAUGGCCCUAUUCCGCCACCACCAGUGGAACCGGGCCACGCUGCUCUACAGCGACAGCAACCCCGAACGCAGCUGCUACUUCGCCAUGGAGGGCGUCCAUGUGGUCUUCCAAGAGGAGGCCUUCCACAUGGCCGUGCACAGCUUCGACGAGAGCAGCCGGCACCUCGACAUCGACGACGUUGUUCGCGCCCUGCAGACUGGCGAGAGGGUUGUAAUCAUGUGUGCCAGCGGUGACACAAUCAGGAACAUCAUGCUGGCUGCUCAUAGGCAAGGAAUGACCAAUGGGGACUACGCUUUCUUCAAUAUUGAACUCUUCAACAGCUCAUCAUAUGGAAAUGGCUCUUGGAGAAGAGGAGACAAACAUGACCUUGAAGCCAAGAAGGCAUACUCAUACCUCCAAACCGUCACUCUGCUGAGGACCGUGAAGCCUGAGUUUGAGAAGUUUUCCCUGGAGGUGAAAAGUUCUGUUCAGAAGCAAGGUCUGCAUGAGGAUGACUAUGUGAACAUGUUUGUGGAAGGAUUCCAUGAUGCUAUUCUUCUUUAUGCUCUAGCUUUGCAGGAAGUCCUGAAGUUUGGUUUCAGUAAGAAAGAUGGUGAAAAAAUUGUUCAGCAAACACGAAACAGAACAUAUGAAGGCAUUGCAGGGCAGGUGUCCAUUGAUGCCAAUGGAGACAGAUAUGGGGAUUUCUCUGUGAUUGGAAUGACGGACCCAGAGGCAGGCAUACAGGAGGUGAUCGGGGACUACUAUGGAAAGCAGGGGCGUUUUGAAAUUCGGCCAAAUGUGAAAUAUCCUUGGAACCAUGGCAGGCUGCGACUAGAUGAAAGCCGGGUUUCAGAGCACACAAACAACACACCAUGUAAAUCAUCAGGUGGUCUAGGAGAAUCAGCAGUCACAGGAAUAGUUGUGGGGGCCUUGCUCGGAGCAGGAUUGCUAAUGGCUUUUUACUUUUUCAGAAAGAAAUACAGAAUAACUAUUGAGAGACGAACUCGACAGGAGGACUGUAACAUGGGGAAACAUCGGCAGUUACGUGAAGACUCCAUUAGAUCUCAUUUUUCUGCUGCAUAAAGAAGAAGAAAAAGAAUCCCAUUCUUCCUAGGAGAAAAAGAAUUAGAGAAAAAGACACAACCAAAGACAUCAGUGUAAAAAGAAGAGGCUCUUGAACUCACUCUUUUAAACAGUAAUUUUGUCUUAAUUUCUUUCAGAAGCUCAGGAAUGAUUUAUAAUUACAUUGUGCCACACAGCCUUUCAUCUCAUGAAAAAAGAAAACGAUGCAGUUUGAUGUUACAGGACAUACCUAGUAUGUAAAGAUGGUAUUUCUUAAAGCAUUUAUUAAGGUGUCUGGAUCUGGGUUUAGCUGAUGGGGAAUGCCUCAUUCUGUUCCCUCUUUUUUCUUUUCUUAGCUCCUACCACCUCCUUCCUUAAUUGUAUCUCACACACAGAUAUCAAAUAUGGUUUCACAAGCAGAGGUGUUGGUUGCUGUCAAAAGGAAGAAAGGGAUUCAUUUAGGGAUGAUCCUGCACCACUGAAUCAUUGCCAUCGAUUAUAGGGGAUACACGAUUGGGCAAAUGGAGUUUAGUUCUGGGAGGGAACAGGCACUUCGGUGUAAUUAAUUCCAUCGGGGCAUAAUUAACUUCACUGAGAAAGUCAGGCAGGUGGAAACACACACAAAAAAAUUCCUUGUUUGUGUAAUAUCACAAUAAAAACCACUGAUUCUCCCUCUUAGAUGCUGGGAGUUAGCAAAAACUCCAGUGAAGGA